AUGCUAUGCUAUACCUCAAAUCACAAUACUGGUAGUGGUAAAACUCAAUAUAAAAUUUCAGAUGGAUAUUUAGUUGAAACUAGUUGGGGAAGGAAAUUACGACAUACAAUAGAAUGUGAAAUUGAAUAUGAUUCAGAAGGUCCAGUCUUUAUAAUUAGAUUUAAUAAAAAUUCUCAACAACAUGUUAUACAAUUGAAAGAGUCUUCAUCUAAUGUUGCUACUGAGUAUUUACGAAAAAAAGAUUCUAUUAAUCAUGCAAGAAUUUCUGGCAUUUACUUGUUUGGCCUAAAUGCUAUGAACAUUGAACAAGAGCAUGAAUACCUCAAAAAUAUUUCUAUCACAACAACUAAUGAAAUAUUGCAUAUUGAUGACGAAGAAAUUGAAGAGGAAAUGCUAAAAUAUGUUAGAAAAGCAGGAUACAGGAAGAUCACAGACAUUUUGCUCUUUGUUAUUCCAGAUGACAUCUUAAAUAUUCAUAGAGCUGAAUUUCACUAUAUGAUAAUUUUAUAUCUUGGCAAUGAAAACUACGAAAUACUACAAAAAGUAAUAGAACCGAUGAUCAAUGAACUACAUAAUCUACGACUGGAAAUUUCUGAGUAUAAUUUUGGGGUUCAAUGCAGCAAAUGCGAAUUACUUUUGCCUUUGGUGUUUGUAUUCGAAGAAGGAAAUUGGUAUCAAGGACAAGAACAACUUCAAACUGCAAAACCGCCACCUGGUCAUUCCAAAGCGCCUCUUCUUUAUAUGAUUCCCUUAAAACAUUAUGUACCCGAUCUGCUUCAUGUAAUAUUAAGGAUUUGGGAUCGUAUGUAG